UGUCGGGAACGUGCCCAGGCCAGAUGGCCCCUUGCUGGAGGAAUACCGCCUGCGAAGUUUUUCGAUCACUGCCAGUGGCGUGUGCAACUUGGGCGAUUUUGUCCGAUACGCUUCACCACCAUCGUCUACCAAACACCAUCGUCACCGGCCCGUCAGCAAACGGGAAAGUUGUCCGGCAUCUGUUUCCGGGACGCCGGUUCAUAACGGCAAUGCCACCUCCACAGCAUCCGCCGCUGCGAGCGCCAACUCCAUGGCAUCUGCCUCUGCCUCUGCUUCUGCCACUGCCACUUCAGCCGCGCAUACGGUCUGCACCGAAUUUUCCAGAUUCCGGAAGCCCAGGUAAAUACGUAAUUUUUUUCUCUAAGGACCGUUUACAGAAAAAAAACCUUCCUUUUCAUCGGGAUGUUUUUCACAAAUAUAUUAUUAUGUUGCAUGAAAGUAUAUUAUUUAAGGAAUUUUUUCUUUUUUUUUUUUAAAUUUAAGAUUUUAAAUGCAGUUCUAAAAUAUAAUCCAUAUUUUCCUAAUAUUGUUCCUCUUUAAUUUUGUGAUGGAAAAAUUACUAGACACCAACUUGAAAAUAUUGGUGAAUAAAGUUUAAAUAAAGUUUGGUGUUUAAAUGUUUAGUAAUUUUCAUUUAUCAGUCAUUUGCAAGAUUAAUACCUACCACUUUUAAGUUCGAUAUUUUUAACGGAUAAUGUUUGAUAUUUUUUUUUUUUAAGAACGACAGAAUUAAUUUCUAAUAUUGUUAGAAAUAUGUAACACUAUUUGAAGAUUAAAAUUAUGUAUAGAGCACAAAAAAAAAAAAAAAUGAAAUGAAAUUUCACGAGUGUACAAUUUAUUCUUUAAAUGUUUGUAAUAUUUAAAUUUCCUAAGAAGAAAAACUUGACAUAAGUUAAUAGGUAAGUACUUUUCAUGAUAAUAAUGUAUCAUGCAAGAAAAAUAAAUCACUUAUUCUAUAUACACAAAGCACCCAUUAUUUGACAUGCGUACGUAUACGAAAAAAAUAAUAUAUAUUCCAGUAGAUAUUGUACCUAUAUACUAUGUGUAUGGCUCUUGAAAUAUACCUAUAUUGAACAGCUGCUCGUAACUGCAAAACGUUAAUAUUAACUUUCAUAACGUGUAAACACAGAAUGACAGAAUAAUACAGUUAAAAAUAGUUCCUGUUUUGCCACCGUUUCAUUUCGCUACCAAUGUAAUUUCAUUUUGCCGCUGUCCCAUUUAACCGCAUAAUUCUCAAAUUACUUAUUUUUGUUUCAAAUAGUUAAGAAUUUUUAAUUUAUACAGCCUAUAACGAUCCUAAAACUCUACUAUCUGAGUUAUUGUAAUUCAUUCGUAGAUACAUAUUUACAAAACUUAUACAACGAAAUAGUCGAUUUUUGAGUCCCAUAAGAAAUAUGAAAUUAGCAGUUAUAUAAUAACAGGGCAAAUUGCUUGUAGUUAACAAUUUCACAAAAUUAUUUAAGAAAAUUUAAAUUAAAAUGAAUGAACUAAAAAUAAUUGUAUUACAAAAAUUUACUUACGCUUGGUAUUAAAUGAUUAAAAGCAUAAAAAAUAAUAGAACCUUCUGAUGAAUUGUCAAGCAUUUCUGUUUAACAAUUUAAUCCACAGUGUACCUAACAAAUAAAAAUUACAUAAAAAUUUCACAAAAUUAAAAUAUCUAUAAAUAGCCCAAUACUAACUCAAAAAUGUUGAAAAUUUGACCAUGUAUAGAAAAGCCAAUAUAAGUUUUCUAUCCAAAUUUCAAGGUUUUAUAAAUAUAUUUAACUGAAUUAUAACAACGGUUUUACUCAAUUAUUUAAAAAUAAAUCCAUGGAAAAUCAAAAAAAGACUUUCUUACUCACCAACUAGAUCAAUAAACAAUUAUGAUCUCUUAUUGUUUUUCUAUUAGAGCAAUAUUUCAGUUAACAACUAGAAAAAAUAGUUUUCAAAAAUUAAAAACAUUGAAAUCGGUUAACUCGCGAUGUGUUGUCAUUAUUUGUCAUUCUUCCGAUAAUUUUUUACCCACUUUUCCCCAUGUAUUAUGAAAACCCCUUAAAAAAAUUAAAAAAUGACCUUCCAAUGCACUAACCAAAUAAAAUUUCCUUUCAAAAAAUGUGCUAUCCUUAAUAUAUCGGAAAAAGAUUUUUGUUAGAAAAGCUGUUCAAAGACCGACAAAUAAACACUCAUCAUAGUAAAACCAAUAGAUCCCUCGCUACGCUCUAAAUCUAAAACGAAAUAAAGAAAUGAAAAGAUGAAAAAAAUGUAAUAUAGCAAUGUGUAUAGGUAUGAAUAUACAAGCCAACAAAAAUAAAAAAGAUGACUGACAUGGGUGUAGAAUUUAUAUGGAUAUUUUAUAGUAAAUUAUUUUUCAGAGAAUUCACCACCAAAAAUGUCAUUAUUAUAUUAGUCCAAUAUAAUAAUAAUUCUACUUCAUUCGAAAAAUCGUAUUGAGUUUUUCUUUGAUAUUUGAAUAAGAACCACAGGAGUCUAAUCUCUAUCAUUAGAUAUUGUCGAAAAACUUAUAUUAAAUAAAAUUGAAGCAGAAUUUAUUACGUAUAUACGUGUUCUUGAAAUCUGCAAGAUCAUAAUAUAAUUAAAAACAUCAAACUCCAUUAGUGUACUAAUGCUGUGUUCAACUUUUCACGUCUACUACCUAGUAUAAUAAUUUAUCAAGAUAAUUACAUUUCAAAAUAUAUUAAAAUCAAAAAAAAAAAUAAUAUGUAACUAAUAUUGUAAAAAUAGUAAAAAAAUAAUUUAACUCUUAAAUUCCAUUAAACGUUUAUUUUAUAUAACAUAUUUAUAAAUUGUAUUUGCCCUAUUGGUUUGUACACUUUUUGCCAAAUAAAAUUCUCACGUGUAUUACCCACCUAUCAUGUUCGUGAAAAUGUCACUUGUUUUUUUUUUUUUUUAAUUAUUUAAACUUUUUUUCAAACGAAUUUCCGGAUUUUCUCUGGAGGAUUUUCACACGUUACAAACAACUGGAUCCCCGAGAUACUGCAUCGACGAAUCAACGGAAUUUUUUGUAUUUAUUCUAUAUGUAUAUUAUCUAUUUUUUUUUUAAUGUAUUUUACGCAAUGACUAUUUCCAGGAACUAUGAACAAUGUCACAAACUAGGGAAGGGGUGCUAAGACAAAUAUUUUUAUAGCGAUACAAUUUUAAUAAAUAUUAAACGGAAAAUAAUCAAAAGCAUUAAAAGUAAAAAUGUUUACUCAAUAUUUCUUGUAUUGGAAGGUAUAAAGGUAUACGGGAGUAAAUAGUAUCUCUAAAUAUAUAGUAUUCUAGUAUAUAGUUAAUCGUAUUUUUCAAUCAUAGCAUGUACAUUUUUGAAAACUAGACCGUACACAAAUAUACGCUCGUAUACGAGUAUAUACUGAUUAGACACUCCGAUCUCAAUUUAAAUGGCGGCUGUUGACUUCAACGAAACAUACAGACGAUUAUGUAAGCUAGUUAGCAAUCUAAUUUAUUACAUAAAUAUAUAUAUGUGAUUAUGAUAGUAUGAUUUUAUCAAUUUUUAUCUCUAUCAUUACCAAGGAGUGUUAUAAAAUUGAAUAUAACCUCAUUGAAAAAGUUGACUAUGAGUCUAGGAAAGCCCAAUAUAAGUAUUAUUACUAAGUUUCAAAUAUCUACGUGUAUUUAUAACCGAAUAUAAUAAAAAAAAAACCCCCAAAACUAAAAUUCCUUAAAAUCUCAUAAGUGGCUCAAAAUGUUGGCGGUUAUAUUGUUAAAAAGUAAAUCAAAAAAGCAAAAAAAAAGGUUUCUUGUGAUUUUUCGAUUAAAUCAUUUUUUCUGGUAAAAAACGUCGUCCGUAAUUUUAUAAAAUAAUGAAAUCGUGAAAUUAUACGUUUUUCUACGUUUUUUUCCGCUUAAGUGCUUAUAUUUAAAAAAUGGCUUCGAAAACCAAAAAGGACAUUUUAAAGUAAAAUCUAAACAACUUGAGAUUUCAGAAAAAGUGAUACACAUAUACAUCUGAGCAAUUUUACUAGGAAAAUAUGUGUCCAGACUAAAACAAAGAAAAAAAAAAUAAUAAACAUCCUAGUAAAACCAAUAUCUCCCUCGUUAUGCUCGGAAUCUUAAAACUAAAGUGAUAGAGACUUUAGGGAGAGAAGGAAAGUCGCUUAAUGUAGACAAUUAUACCUUUGAUAGUGUGGAAACUUUCAAAUCUAAACCAAAAAAGAGAUUGGAGCUUAGAAACAAACAGUAGAUCACAGAAGGCGGAAAAGACUAUGCUUUACUAAAAUAUUUUAAGCCAAAAUUAUUUUCGAAAGGAAUUAAAACUAAACUCUAUUCUGUCGUGGACAAACUAACGUUGACUUAAGAUUGUGUGAUUUGACAACUAACACAAAAAAUAGAACAAAGGCUAAUAACAUUAGAGGACAAAAUUUUGAGGAAAAUAUGUAGGCUUAACUUCAAACCAUUAAGAGAUCAAUGAAGAAUAAGGUUUAACAGAGAAUUGAGAGAGGAUAUUGAGAUACUAUGAAACAUGAACUACAUAAAAGGACAAAGAACAGUUUGGGCAUGUAAUGCGUAGAGAUGAAUCGGAAAGAAUAAAGGCAACAAUUAAGUUUAUCCCUAAUGGUAGGAAACCAAGAGACAGACUCAUAAAACGUUGGAUAGACAAAGUAAAGGAAGUCGUUAUAUAGUUGAGUAUAACAAAUUGGGGAGAAUGUACCCAGGAUAGAGUAUCUUGGAACAGUAUUGUAAUAGCCACAAAGGCUCUUGAAAAACCGUAAAGUGAAAAGAAGAAGACACCCUCUACAACUAUUUGUAUAUUGAAAUUCGAUGUUUUUACAGAAUAUGCCGGGUAUAAAAUACAAUUAAAGAGUGAGCGGUGAGCACACUAGGUCGUUUCAAUAGUUCAGUCAUGUUCAGUUAAAUUUUUAAAAAUAUAAACAAUAAACAUAUUAAUAUACAUAUAGCGUGGCCUGAACUUUAAUCAUUCAGUUCAGUUGAGCAAACCUUCUAUCACAUCAGGUCAGUUUGUUUGCCUCGACUAACAAAAUUGACCAAAAAAGCCACCCGAAUAUUAUUAUCUAAUAAUAUUAUUUAUUAAUGUGAUUUUAUUUUAUUUCAUUAUUAUCAUAAAUUUAUACAUUAAAUUAUAUAAUAUAUAAAUAGAGAUAAUUAUACAAAGUUAAAAACAAUGGCUGUUAAAUGAUUUUGCCAUGAGGAUGAAUCUGAUUUUUAAUAAAAUAGUUUUAUAUAGCUUUAUAUUAUUACUGUCUUAAAAUAUAAGUAUAUUAACCUCAUACGUAUAUUUAUAAUGCUAUAUAGCUUCUUUCCGCGAUUUUCUACUUCUUCCCUAAACAUAAUUGCGCAAUAAUAAUGUUUGCUUCGAUUUGAUCGGAAGAGCACAAAAUAAUAAUUGAAUAUAUUUUUAAAAUUAUAAUGUACGUAUAAUAUUAUAAAAAAAAAAAUGUGUUUAAUACAAAUUCGGAACAUUCGAAAAUUGUAUAGAAAAUACUUUUCUUACUGAUAUUUUAAUAAUGUGAUAUCAGUUUUAUUCUUGUCUGAUCUGACAUAUUUGGAAUAUAGCCGAAACGAACAAACUUAUAAUAUAUAUGCUUGAUCUUUAAUAACGAUACUCCGGAAUUAUUAGUGCUCGAAUUGGAAAACAGAAAAGGGAUUAUGAGAUUAAAAUACAAAUUAGCGUCUUCUGCAAUAAUUGAACUUAAUUUAAUACAUGUAGAAUUUCGCCUCUCACACUACCCGUAUGUCAAUUUUAAAACAAUAUUCAAUAAUUAAUUAUUCACAAAUAAAACAAUCCAUAAUAAUCUUAGAUAAGUUUUCAUAUUUUAAUAUAUUUUUAAAUAAUAAGUAUACCCUCUACACUAAAGUUAAUAUAUUAGAUUUUUUUUAAGCGAAGAAACUUAAAAUUUAAAAUAGCCAAUUUUCAAAACAGAUUUUCAGAAAAAUGCUGUGCUUGAAACUUAUGUUUAUGUAUGGUCUUUUAUUUUCUACAAUUUUUUUGAAUUUUCGCUAAUGUGAAUAUCAUUGUGGUUCUUUUUUAUAAAGAAUAAUUAUGCAAAACAUUUUAUAAUUAGAAAAUAAACAGUAUUCAAAGACUCAGAGUACAUCAAAUGACAACGAUUUUCUUUACCAUGAGUCAAUAAAAUAAUAUAAUAAUAUUAUCUGACUACUUAUAAAAUAUUAUUAAAGAUUAUAAAUCACAAUCUUAUUAUAUUAGCGAAAAUUUCUUAAAAUUGUAGAAAAUAAAGGACAAUACACAAAUGUUUCAACCACCAAAAAUUUUCUAAAAAUCUAUUUUAUAAAAUAUCUAAUUUGAAGUUUAUUUUUUUUAAUUCUAAAAAAAUUAUAAAUAUUUUAUUUUAAGUUCCCCCACAUAAAAAAAAAUUAUUAUAUUAACUGUAGUGGAAAUAAACUAAAUUUUCCAAAAAUAAAAAAUGUGUUAAAAAUAUUGAUAGAAUAAAAGUUAUUUCAAGUACCACUAAUAUAAAAGACCAGCUCUAUUUUACGAGUAACCUUUUCAAAAUAAAAUGCAACAUACAAAACGGGUGAUCGUAUUUUUCUGGUUCUCAGUUAUAGGUAUAGCGACAAUUUAACUUAUUGAAAAACCUUAACACACAAUAGUUACGUAUUUGUAUUAAAUUUUUGCAAUAGCAUCUAUCAUUUGCAACCGACAACAAUCUAAGUGCCAUAAUUUAUCAAACCGAAAGCAUCUCGCCAGUUAUUAUUCUUCUGGUUAAAAUUAAUAGAACUAGAAAUACAUUCAAUUAUCCAAGGGUUUUCUUUUAUAAUACGUGCACGAACUAAUUCAUUUUUUUUGUCUAAAUUUAAUUCAAACACAAAUUUUAUAAACGAUUCAAAAAUUGUAUUUAAACCAUUGAUUGAAGCUUAUUAUCGGCACAUUCUAGUUUUAACAUCAAAUCAUAGUGGGACACCAUGUAUAUGCAUUACAUGUAGAUUUGAAUUUUAUUGGUAACAGCUAAUCUCGAGAAUAUGGAUGUGAUUUACACUGAUCAGUGAUCUGUAACUCUCAGAGAACUUUUAACUCAGAAUUCAAACUCUAAAUAGUGGUUGACAUUUUCUGAAUAUUAGCUCUGUUAUCAACAAAAUUCUUCAUAACAAAUUAAAUAAUUAAUAUUUUUUUUGAUAUAAAAUUCUUUCUCGAUUUCGUAAAAUGAUAUUAAUUUUUAGUUUUAGUAAUAUUACUUAUCUAUUAUUACACAAUAAAAAAUUCUUUAUAAUAUAGAAAAUAUUAUAAUGUUAACCUACAUAAUUUAUAAUUGAUAAAUACAAAAUCAAAAAAAUAUAUAUAAUUUAUCUGAUUUGAUAUUAUUUUUUUUUUUUUUUUUAAAUAUCAUAACUUGCGAAAAUAAAUGUACCAUACUUCCGUCUCAAUACAAUAAAUUAGUAAGGGGACACUAUAAAAUUGAAGAGGUACCUUGUCCCCUGUUCCUACUAACAAUUUAAACACUGAAUUGAUCCCUGCAACGCAUCCCUACAUCGAGACACAUGACCUGACAUAAAAUAAAUGUGAAUAUAAUAUAGACUUUUUGUUUUGUUUUUUUGUUAUAGCACGGCGUUGAUAAACAAGUUCAAAGCAAAUAACGACACGGUAGAAUCGUACAAAGUGGCGUUGCUAGGCGCCCCGGGUGUCGGAAAAACCACGAUAUCCGUGCAGUUUUCCACGUCCGAUUACAUUUGCGUUUAUGACACUUCCAUAGGUAAGUAAUUUCGGUAAUGUUGUACAUAUUCUACGGUAGGUAUAGGUACCCACCGUAAAUUCGAAUGCGAAAUAAUACCUCCCAACUAAAAUCUCAUCUGUAUACACGUAUAAUAUGCAUAUACAUAUUAUAAAUUAUAAUACCCUCGUGAAGAAUUCAUACCACUGGCAAAAAAAAGAAUUUAAUUACAGCUGCAACAAAACGUUUACCUAUCUGUAUACAGAGUGAUUAUUUUAUUACAAACCGACAAUUUUCAAUACGAACAUUUUCAAUAAAUAUAUUUAAUAAUUUCCUUAUUUACAUUAAUUUCGAAAUGUUUCCCCUAUUCCGUAUAUAUUAUAUACUUACCAUAAAAGUAUAUUAUCAACAUUUAAUAUUAUCAAAUACCAGCCUAUAUUUCCAAACUCAGAUUCAAAAGAGAAUAUUUUUCCAAAAAUUGUGAUGUAAUGUACCAACAUUUUUUUAGAAAAGUAUAUUCUGUCUUCAAAAAUUUUUUCAUUUUACGCAGUCUUUGUAUAUAGCAGUUGGUUCGUAAAAUAAUAAUCAUUCUGUUACGAGAGAAUGAGUUUUCUAUUAUUAUUUAAUUUGGUUGUCACGGCCCACAGGCAAUACACUAGGUUUAUAAUUAUUCAACUGAACUUGUACAUGAAGCUGGAAAAAAUCCUACAACGAUAAGAUACUGAUAGCACCUACAUGGGGGGAACAUAACAAAUUGAAUUAUUUUUAUUGAUUUGAAUUUUUAUUUUUUAUUUUUUCUGAUAACCUAACUUAACCUACGGGGUAAUACCGGGCGAUGACAGCUCGUAAAUAAUAUUAUAUUCCCGUAAUGUAUCAAAUAAUCACCACUAUUUUUAUUAUAGGUUCUAUACAAAAUAUUACAGGUAUUAUUAUGUGUUGGGUUUUUUUUUCUUGUGGUCUAUAGGUAUCAAAUCAUUUAUCAUGUUGUCCGAUUAACAAUACAUAUUAUAAAUUAAUGUGAUAUCAUAUUAUAUGGUAUUCAACCAAACUAUAAAAAAUAAUUCUGAAAAUGUAUAUCUUUACUAUACAUUUAAAAAACGAAAUCACCUAACGAAUCUAAUUCGUCUAAGAUUGGUUUUGUUAGAGUGAAGCCCCUACUAUUCUCAAACACAAACAUAACUAAAGAACUAUCUUUAUAAAACUCAGAAUAUAUUUUAUAAUGAAAGUCUGCAGAGUGUAUAUAAUAUAUAUCCAAUAUGAACGUUAAAUAUAUAUUAAACAUAAGUGUUUCUAUUAAUUAAUAACAGUUAAUUGAUUCUCAUUACUCCAUCCCCCAAAACCACCGCUCCCACAGUUUCAAACAAAGUUUAAUUUACCAAUCAUUUUAUUUUAAUGUGUACCAUGAUUUUGAAUUUUUAUGUAAGCUAGAUACUAUCAAUAAUAUUUAUCCGACCGUUUUAAAUUUUAAUAUCAUCACUUUUAAACAAACUUUAACUUUUCACGAUUUUCCCAGUUUUCUUACGUUUUUCCCGGUUUUCCCAUGUUUUAUCCUGAUUUUUCAAAUUUGAAAAAAAACUCCUGAUAAAAUCAAAAAAUGAACUCCUUAAACCCACACCGAUUUCCUUUCAAAAAAAAGGUGCUACACGUAGAAAUCUAAGCAAGUUUCUGAUAGAAAAGUUGCGCACAGACAAAAAAAAUAAAAUAAAAUACAUCUUUGUAAAACUAUAAGCUUUUUCACUUCACUCGGAAUCUAAAAAAAUUGAUAGAAAUGAUUCAGUGAAACAAUAAAAUUACUUAGAUUUAAUGAUAAUUAAAAAUAAUAUUUUUUACUGUCAAAAGUUAUAUUUUAAUUCACGUGUUUCUUGUUCAUAAGUUGUAUUUUUCUUUUUAUUAGCUUACAACAUGUUUAUUCUAUAUUUGUUUAGUAUAUAGAUAAGUAAUAUCAAAAUAUUUUUAAAACGUUUCAUCAUAUAUUAUGAAAUUAAUUGCUUCAAUUAACUUAUACCGAGUUUAUUCAGCAUUUAAUAUGGAUUUAAUAUGAAUCCUAAUAUGAUCAAAAAGUAAUUAUUUCCAUUUUAAGUUUAAAAUGUCUUUACAAACUUUUAUUUAUGUAAAACGGUAUCAUAGUUAAAAUUAUAAAUUCCUACAUACAGCCUAAUGUUUUCCUUUAAACUAUAAGUUUGUACUACCUAUAUAUUAUAAUAACUGGCAACGAGAAACCGGUUAUACAAGACAGUGGCGUAUUUACGGGGGGGGGGGUCAAUUGGUGUCCAGGCCACUCCCCAUUGGCCCAGUUGAUAUCUUAUACCUAUUAUACCUAAAUACAGGGUGAUUCACUAAACGUGCUCACCCCAUUUCUUUGGUUAAAUUUUGCAUAUAUUUGAAUUCAAAUUUUUAGAAUUUUUAAAUGUAGUUAAAGUCGAUAUUUUCGAAAACUUAGAUUUUUCACAACAUUUAGUUAUAUUCAGAGUAUCCAGUAAUAUAGUCUGUGCUAAUAUAAUAAGUUAUAAUCGUAUAGUUAUUUUUUUUAAAAAAUCACGAAAAAACAAUGAUCUGAAAGAACAGUAGUCGUAUGAAACUAGUAGGAACCUGAUUUAAGUCACCAAACCACCACUUGUGAAUCUAGUUUGGGAAUUAUUUUUUUUAAAUAAAUGGUUAUUGUCAAAUGAUAGUAUUAUUAAAUGAAAAGCAGUUUGAUGGGUUUGUUUUUCCAAAAAAAAAACCACUAUAGUAAUAAUAAUUUGAUUUAUAAUAUAAGCAACUUGUUUGAUUAUUAAUACAAACAAUUAAUGUAUAGAUAGUGCGUACUAAUAUUGGUUUAAGUGAAAUUUAUUUUAUAGCAAUAGCAAUUAAUUUUAGGAAUCCGUAGUUUAUCGAUUGAUUAAAAACAUGCAUUUAAAAAAAAAAAACAAUAUUUUUGAACACGCCGCGUUUAACAAUACAAAGAAUCAGGGUUCGGGAUUUAUAGCAUUUACUUAUUUUAUUUUUCUAUUAAAUCUAGUAAAUGUAAAGUACUAUGGAAAUGUAUUCAUAUAAAUAAUUAAAAUAUGAAAUUUGAAUGUGCUUUUUUUGGUUAUUUUGAUAGUUUGAAAAAUUAUUCUUUUUAAUAUUUUUUUUUUAAAAUAUUUUUACCUGGAUGUAAAAAUGUUUUAUUGAUUUUUGUGAUACCUACAAGUACCGAAAUUUACUAGUAAUAUAAAUAUAUUGGUACUUACCAUGGGCGCCACGAAGGGGGUGCAAGGGGACGCACUUGCACUCCCCUGGCUUUUCAAAAAAAAAAUUAAAAAUUAAAAAAAAUUGAAUGGUAUUGAAAAUAUUUUCUUUUGCAUAACUAUCUAUAUUAUAUUUAAUAUAAUACUUAUUUUACAUAGUUUUCUAUGUUAUCUAUAUUAUGUAUUAUAAUACUUGUUUUUUAAAUAAUAAAUGUAAACGUCUAGGUUUUUUUUCCAAAUUCCUCAAUUGGAUUUUCAUUGAAUUUGGAAUCAUCUUGUAGUUUCUUUCUAUGUACACCUAUCAUACACAAUCCAAACAAUCGGUCAUCAGUUAUCACCCAUACGAGAUCUGUUCCAGGUCAUGACUCAUCUUUAAGUACUAAAUGAAUGUUCAAUACUGAAAGUUGUUGUUGGGAGAGUUGCUCCUAUCUUGAUUACGUCGGCUACAGCUGGAUACAAUUUUUUUGAUCAUAUUUAAGUAUUCAAUAAAAUCUAAUGGGUUUGUAUAAUUUUUCCAUAUUUCAUACCAUGUUAUGGCAUCAGUUAUGACAUUUGAAGACAAAAUAUUUCUAUAUAAUUUUAUAAUAUCAUUUGAUAUGCAAAUAAACUCUUCUUUACUUAUGUUUUUCGUAGCAUAGAGAUGAAAAUCCAUUAGAGAAUUAAUUCUGAGUUUUAGAAAAACGAUAUUUUAAUGAAGAUAUGACUGAAUCUAGAUAAGGAACGAAAAUUGAUAUUCUGAAAAACUCUUCAUGGUUUAUAGAUUGACGAUUUGAUCUUUGAAUUUGUCGUGCAACUAAUCGAGGUGGACGUAUUUCAACAUCAAGUUCUUCAGCGAUUUCUUUAAAUUUUGCAAAUAUUAUGGUAAAUUCAGUUGACGAAUUAUUUCUAUACAACUGCAGAAUAUCAACUAUUUUAGUUUUGUGAUUGUUCACCGUUUUUAAAUUUAUAUUAACUUGUUGAAGUUGAUGGCAUACUGGUCAAAAUUUAGGGGAUAAACAGCUAAUACUUGCAGUGUAACAAUUAAAACUGUUUGUAACUGCCGUAAAGAGUUGAUAAGAUUUAAUUUUGGUUUUUGUAUUUGCUGUACUUUUUAAUAGUUCUUCCAAAACUUUGAAAAUAACAAGGAAAUUUUCAGCAACAAUUUAAAUACUCUUAUAUUUUGUUGACCAACGAAUUUCACAAAGUAGAGAAAUAUUGGGUAGAAUUUUUCUACGCAAUGUGCUCUCUCUAAAAAUAUUUAUUAUUCCCGGUUGUAUUUCUUACUUCACUAACGUUAUUCAAAUCAUUAAAUACAAGAUUUGAUACGUGACUGGUACAAUAAAAGAAUAGUACCAUAGGAUAAGCUUCAUUAAUUAGUUUUUGAACGCCAUUUAUAUGCUCAGCUAUUGUAGCGCAUUCAUCACAUCCUUGUCCCACAAGUCGAUUCAAAUCUUAAUUACAAUUUUCUAAAAAUGCAAAGAUUAUUUUUGCAAAAAAUUAAGAAUCUAUUUUUGAAAGAGGCAAGUAAUCAAAAUAUUCUUCACAAAUUGUAUGUCUUUGAAACUUAACAUCGUACAGCAGAUACCGAACACCAAUUAACAAUCGUUCGGUGUCACUUAUAUCGGCAGUCCUGACAGCUUAGACCGGAAAUACUGAUACAUUUCACUUCUUCAGUAAUGUUUUGUCAAAGUAUAGAAGCACAAGUUUUAAUUCAUUCAUUUUUAAUUUCAUGUAAGAUAUAAAACGAAUUUUUAGUUCCAGACUUUAAAUACUUAUUCAAAAUACGUUCACUCAUCCCCCCAAUUCGACACGGAAUUGUAAUAAAUCUGUAAAAACGUAACCUUCACCGUGUUUACCUUGUAAUGGAAGAUCAUGCUUUGCACAAAAAAAGAUUGACGAUAUGAUAGAACAAAGUUUUAUCUUGUUCUCUGCAAUUUCUCUCAGUUAACCGAAACUCGGUAAACUAGGGAAAUCAUCGUAAGAGUCGUCUUUUAUCAAGGUAACCCAGAUAUAAACAAUUUUUUUUUUAAGUUUGGGAAUUUUGAAUAUAAAAUAUAAAAAAGAAAGGUAAGAUAAUGGGGACGGGUGCAACCACUGGUGUAGAUGAGAAGUUGGGAAGAUAGGAUAUAAACGUGAAUUUAAUGUAUAUCUGUAAGCAAUGGUUUAUCAUUGCUUACAAAAAAACGAUUCUGAGAGGAGUUUUUUUGAUUUGUCAACAAUAUAUAUGUCAUUUUGUGGUAAAAUAAUAAAAUAGGCUUUAUACAUUUUCUUUUAACUACAUUAAAUAAAUUUUUUUCUUAAAUUUGUUUAAUAUAGUACCAAUUUUCCCAGUUUUCUUAUGUUUUUCCCGGUUUUUUCGCAUUUACUGAGAAAUCUCUUGAGAACAUAAAAAAAUGACUCCUCUAAAGUAUCUCCCUAAUAAAAUUUCCUUUUAGAAAUAUUGCUAUCAUUAAAAGUUGGAGCAAAAUUGCUGGUAGAAAAGUUGUACACAGGAAAAAAAAAUCAUAAUAUUUUAGUGAUAUAUUUCGUACAUUGUCCCGUUUUUUUUCGGUUUUUCAAAAUUAAUGAGGAAAAUGACCUUCUUAAAAUACCUCCCUAGGCCUUUUCUUUUCAAUGGGAAAAGGUGCUACAUGUAGAAAUCUGAGCAAGUCUUUUAGUAGAAUAGUUGCUUACAAAUAAAAAAUAUAAUAAUAAACAUCUUUGUUAAACUAUAAGCUUCUUUGCUCCACUGAGAAUCUAAAAUAGUACAACGAUACUAAUAUACGGUGUGUGUAUUGUAUUUUGAUCAUAAAAAUGUUUAUUUUUUUCUAGUAUUUGCCUACAAAUAUAACAAUUUAUUUUUUUAUUUUUUAGAUGAAGAUUGUGCUUGUAGGACGAUCAGAGUAAUGAUAAACGGCCAAGAAGCUGAACUAAUUAUUAUCGAUAUACCGUAUGUAGAAAUGUCGGUAAGUGUUCCAAACCAUCGUUUGUCGUAUUAUGUUUUAUUUAAUUACAAUAAAAUUUAAAGCACGUAUUUCUGCGACGAAUUAUUUUUAAUACACGCAUAUAUUAUGCUAUAAUGAAUUAUAUUAUAAUUUACACAAAAAUCACUAAGUAAUACCUCCAUUAUAUAUCAAUAACUAUACGAUAAUUAUUCACAUAAUUACAUUGUUGAUUUCGGCAUUUCUCGACUUGAAUACAAUGAAUGACAUCCGUGUGUAUGGAAAUAAUAUAACGUGUACUAUACGCAGAUUUGAUAAAGAAUGUGAACGAAAAAAAAUAACUUUUGGGCCAUUUCACUUAUUGGCGUACAAAGGAGGUAAGGUUAGGGGUUAUAUCCCUCCCAUUGGAAUAAAAAUACAAAAAAAUAUAAAUAAUUUGAUAUUUAAAUGCAUAUAUUACUGCCAAAUGAUGAGAAAAAUCUUGAUGUAUUGAUUAGAAAUCGGCUUUUUUUAAGAUUCGGGAUUUAAAUUACCAAUUCCCGUAGUCGAUUUGGGUAAAUAAGAUGAUUUUACAAUUCUUAUUUUGCUACAUUCCCUUCUAUUGAAAAUUCCUAGACACGCCACUGGUUCACUAGAUAAAUAUUUGAAUAUUUAAAUAAUAUUUUUGGUCUUUGAAAAAUAAGGCGCAGUCCAAAGUUUGACAUUUUUUUUCAUACAAUUUUAGAUGCUGAGUGUAGUAAAGAAGCUUAUAGUUUUACAAAUAUGUUUAUUUUUUUAUUUUUUUUUUUUCUGUGUACAACUUUUUUACCAAAAAUUUGCUCCGAUUUUUAAAUUUCGUAGGAAAUUCCUGUUUUUGAGGAGGUAUAAAACAAAACGGAGCAAAUGAUACUUAACGAUAUUUUAAUAUUUAAUUUUAAGAGGUUUAAUUAAAUGUUUAAAACAUGAUAACAUAUCAAUUACUAGAUUCCCCAGAAUACAUGGUUCAAAUUUCAAAUUAAAAUCACUAUUAUUAAGAAAAUCAUAUUGCUUCCUAAUAGAACAUAUUAGAAGUUCUAAUACUUAAUAAUGCCCGUUAUAAUUUUUUUUUGGUAAAUAUUUAUUACUUUUACCGCGUAUUACACGAUGAUUUAAUUAAGUUAACGUUUCCAAAAUUGUUCAAAUAUACAAGAACUGGAUAUUUUUUAGUGAAUGUGUAAUUUUUUUAUGUUCAAAUAUUAUUAAUUCAAUUUUGUUAAUUUACACGAAUUUUGUGGCAAUUUGUUUAGGGAAACUAAUCUGAAUUACACAUUUAUUUAUCAUAUCGCAUUUAUUACAUAUUUACCAAAUGAAGGACUGGAAUGGGGAAGGACUGGAGGAAGUAUGCGAACAAGACAGCAUGUAUAAUUUUUAAUUACUGGCUCAUAAAAUACACAUUAAAACAGUUUAACUGUUUAAUAUGUUUUACACGGUAUAUAUAUGAUAUUAUCAAUUUAAAACUAAACAAUUAUUUAAAGAAAGAUAGUUAUUCAAAUUUCUCAGCUAUGGAUAUCGCAAAAACUGUUAUUAGGUAUUUCCAAAAGAUAUGUAAUUCGGCGUACAAUUUUGGCUUUCGUCCAGAAUAGUAAUUCGGAAUUCGAUGAUAAUAAUAUUGCCGUGUACAAUAAUAACAAAAUCAAUAAUGUAUUCAAUCCUAAAUUUGUGGGUUGCUGAGCCUUUGCAGUGAACUAUCCAAUUUCGGCGCAAAAAAUUAUUCGGUUUGUUUUUCAAAAAAAACAUACAAAAUAUAUUUUUGUUCUAAUGAUUUAUAUACGAUGUUAUAUCAUUGAUCCCAGUAAAGCAGAGCUUAGGUUACAUUUGUGUAGUAUUCAAUGCAAGCAAAUCAAUUUUUGAAAAUACAUGAACUAAUACACUACGUACAGUAGUUAUUAAAAAACAUACAAUUAUCCUAUUUAGACCAAAAAAAAAAGUGAACAAAAUUACAUAAGAAAAAAAUUCAGACAUACUUCCCACGUGGUGCAGCUACUGCUGUAGGUGAGAAGUUGGGAAGGUAGAAUACAGAAGGAAAUGUAAUGUAAAUUUAUAAGUAACGAUAAACCAUUGCUAACGAAAAAACGAUUCUGAAUAGAGUUCAGUUGAUAGUGUUUUUUUGUCAACAGCAUAUAUUUCAUAUAAUAGUAAAAUAAUUAAAUAGCUUUUAUGUAUUUCCUUUAUUAAUAUUUGUUUAAUUUUUUACCGAUUUUCGUACGUUUUUUUCGGUUUUCCCAUGUUUUUCCCGGUUUUUCCCAUUUAUUGAAAAAUUAACUCCUUAAAUUACCUCUCUAGUUAGAUUUACUUAUAGAAAAAGUGCUAAAUUGUAAAUCGGAGCAAAAUUGCCAGUAAAAAAGUCGAUCACAGGAAAAAAAAAGGCGAAAUAUUUUAACUAAUCUUAAUUUCAUUUAUUUGCCCGUUUUUUUCCAAUUUGUUGAGAAAUCUCCUAGGAAAAUCGAUAAAUGACCUCCCUAAAGGGCUACUCUUCCCCUAUCUAAAUAUAAAAUUGAAAUAUCUCAUCAAAAGGUUGACAAAAAUCAAAAAUUUUAAUUUUGUGAAAAAUCUAAGUGUUCGAAGAUAUUGACUUUAUCUACACUUAAAUCAAAAAAUCAGAAUUUGAAUAUAUGCAAAAUAAAAUCAAAAAACAGGGUGAGCACGCCUAAUGAAUCAACCAGUAUAUAAAAAUAUAUAUUUGUAUUUGAUAUUUAAUUUUUGUUUUUCUUGAAUCACUGUGUGAUUCUUUAAAUGUAUACAGUAACAUCCCAUAUAUAAUAAACCAUGCCAAAUUUUAAAAAUUAUUUCAUGCGUUAAAGAACUCUUAGAGCUCAUACUGAGAACAGAUGCAGCAACUGUUGUAAAUGAGAAAAUGGGAAUGUAGGAUAGAUUAAGUUUUUAAUUUCUACAUGUAUGCAAAUAAAAAUCAUUUCUGAACAUAUAUUGAAAUGUCGUAUAUUUUUACGAUUUUCAAAUUUUUGUUUUUUUAGUAGAAAAACUAUGUAUGUAUUAUUUUUUCAAUAAAAAUAAAUCGGGAACCAAACGACUGUAGGAUUUUUGCGGGGUGCAGUUUUUUGUCAUUAUUUUUUUUAUAUUUCCCUUCUACUUUUCCUAAUGAUGGUGAAAAUUCGAGAAUAAUAAUAUUAUUUAGUAUAAAUACAGUAUACACUAUAGGCCUAUAUCUAUUCCGAUAAUAUUAGACAAUUUUAACAACUCCCUAUAUACUGAUAAAUGAGCUUAACCUCAGGAAUUAGAGAUGUUUUAUGGAUGGUUUGAAGUGAAAAAGUAAAGGUACAUUUUGAUGUGAAUUUCAGCUUGUUGUUAAAUGAGAGUCUGGGUAUAUUUUUAACUUAAAAUACCCCUAAAUCCACCAAAUGAUGCUAGAUGAUAAAGUGUUAUGUAUACUUAUAACACACAUAUAUAUAUAUAUAUAUGUUAUAUAUAUAUGUAUUGCAAUAGUAUCAUGAACGUGUCUUUUGACGGUUUCAACUUUCAAUCUUCGCAAUCCCUACCCCCUUCUUUAUGCUACAGGUUUCACCAUAUAGUAGUAUAGAAGAUAGAAUAUUGUAAUAUUAUAUCUUUAGUCUCAGGGAAGAGAACUUAAAUCAAUUACUGGCCUUUAUAUAUAAUCAUGUCUUAUGUAAUUGCUAUGUACCUAUAUUCUUACACACGUUUAAUUGAAAAUAAAACUAUCUGAAAUCACUGUUGUACUUUUUGUUUAGCAAAAUCGUAUAAGUCAUAAUUAUUAUAAUGGAUACUUAUAAAAAUCUAGAAAGUACAAAUCUGAAAAGUAUAAAAAUCUGUAAUUGUUCAUUGUUCGAGGGACGGUUGUGUACACCAGCCGUAUUCGCUCACAAAAUCGAGUACCACUCGUAGGAGAGGAAGGUAAUAGCCGCUUACUUAACUUAAAUCCAAACCUGAUUCUACUGCAAGAAAAAUGUUCUAAAUUUAAACCUAACCCUCGCUACAAGAAACAGAGUCUUAGACCUCCAUUCAAUCGGAUAAUUUCAUUGAAGUUUAACAUUUUUACUCUCCUUGAUUUUAACAUUCCUGGUAUGUAUAGGUACAUUCCGAACUUUUGUGCGAUCUAUUUUAAUAUGACAUAGUCCAUUUAGAACGCUUCUAUUUAGGUUAAGUUAAAAAUGUAAUUUGCUUGUAUUGAAAACUAUUCAAAAUUGACUUAAGCCCUUCUGCCGUAGAAUUUAAGAUACAGUAGUCGGUGAUUUAUUGUUUUACAAUGAAGAUUUUUGUAAUAAAAAAGAUAAAGAAAACCGACUCAAUAGUGAUGGGGAUUUUUAAAUUUAAAAAAUUCUAUUGGUAUUGUUAGAAAUUUAAAAGAUUAACGCGUUUUAUUCAGCUGUCGGAUGUCGCUAUAUUAUAUCCGUUUGAAUUUACGAUGACGGGUGUAGGCACGCAUAAACGGUAAUGAGCUGUGUGAUGUAAUUAUACCGAUGACGUAACUUAGAUACAUCUAUUUUUAUUAUCUAUAUAAUACAAACGUUUUGUACAUACGUAUUUGUCCUCCGUAAUAUAAUUUUAGAUGUUCAAUAUUAUUAUUUAGUACGUAAAAUACGUUUGUAUUAUACUACUUUCAAACACAAUUCAAAGAGAAAAGAAACUUUUUGAGCAUUAGUAAAUUCCCAAAAGGAUAUCAUCCAGAGAGAAAAUAUAUACAUUAUUAUAAAACAUGUAAUAACAUGGCUUUCUCAGACUGUUACGAAAUACAAAAUUAUAUGAAUUUAUUUGCGAUGUGGGAAUGUGACGUAUAUAGAUUUCAAUUGUCACUAUCGGAAAUAUAAUAGAUAAAAGUUUUAGUUUUUUUUUUCUUAUAAUCAGUUCAUAACAAAUCCAACAGAUAGGUAUAAAAUACAAUUAAAUAUUUUAAUAUUUAUAAUGAUAAUUAAAAAUGUAAUCUAACUUAGCGAUUUCUUAACUAUAUAUAGGUCUUUUAUAAUAAUUAUUGUUUUUGGUAAACGCUAUUAGUAAUAUUAAUGUCUGCAGUUAUUUAAAUUAAUUUUUUUAUAGUUAUUUAAAAACGAUUGUUUAUUAAAAAAUUAAUAAUAUUAUAAGUAGGUAUACAAAAAUAAAAGAAGAAUACUUAGUUUCACAUUGAAAAAAAUCAUUUCGAUUUGAGCCUCUUAAUAUAACAAUUUCAGCAUCGAAAUAUAAGAUGAAUAUCUGAUCAUACAUAUCAUAUAACUUUCUUAAAAUCAUGGCUUAUAUUAAGUAUUUCUCCGUUACGUGUGUACAAGUGUCCAAAUUUGGGGAGACAACUGCACAUUUGAAAUUUCCUAUCACUCAAUUUGAGUCCAACUACCCGUUAAAAUAAGGUCUGCUAGAGAUUAUAGAGCAAAAAUAUAACCAAUUUAUUAAUUCGUUUUCUCACUGAAACGUUCUGACGUCGAAAGGUAAUAAUUACUCCAUUCCCACGUAUACCUAUAUUAUAAUUUAUAUACGUUGUUUGUAAUGUUAUACAACACACUAAUAUUAUAUUAAAUAUUCCACUUGAUCGUGUUUGUAAACAAACUAAAAUAAUUCUGUGUGUAUUCAAAAUAUACAACAAUUGACAAACUAACAAAUAAUUUAAAACACGCUUUCAAGUGUUGUCAUCAAACGUCGUUUAAAUUUAAUUAUAAUUUAAUUUGAAAUAGAUAUUAUUAUUUAUGAAUUAUUCUAAACGUGUUUUAUACAACCGAACAAAUAAUUAAUUACUUUUACAUUAUUUAAAAAUAAUUUAGCGAUAAUGAUAACUAUUAAGUGCAUACCAAUGUCAUCAUGUGCAUGUACAUUUUACGUAAAUGAGUAAUUUGCAUAUAAUUAAAAAUUAUAAAAAUUGUAUUUAUAUAAAAAAAAAAAAAAAACUAUAGAAAAAGUUAAGAAGGUAGAAUAUCUAUACAUAUUAGGGUAAUGUAGUUUAUAUAUAUUGUAAAUAACGAUAAAUAAUUUCUAAUAAAAUGUCGUGAUUAUUAUUAAGAUUUUCAUAAUAUUGUUGACAUAUAAUUCUUAUAAAAAAAAUAACUACAUUCCGCUCAAUUUUUUUUUUUCGUCCACGAGAUACAAUUUCUAAUGAACCUCGUGUAAAAUUGUCAAACAUUUAUAACUGGCCAAAACACUUUAAUCCACAUAAUACUUAGCAUACAAUACAAUACUUGGUCAUAUUUUCCUUUUUUAGUUCAUUUUCCGAUAAUUUUAAUCAAAUUCCCUCUAUUAAUAUCUUUUAAAACAUUUUUUUUUUUUUGUUUUACACAGUUUGUAUAUACAUUAAAUUUAUAUUUUAUAAAAUUUCAAUUUCUUUUAUUAUUUUAACAAAAUAAAUUUAUAAAAAAAAAUGUUUCAGACGAAUAGAAUUAUUAAAGAAUCAAUCAACUUCAAAAUCAAAAUUCAAAUUCAAUCAACAUUUUUAUACCUUUUUUAUUAAAUAAAUUCCUAUAAAUAAUAAAUUAUUCCUAAUAAAUUAUUGAUUGAAAUGCCCUGAUGUUUACUGUUUUCAAGAAAGCGUUAAUAGCUUAUAAAAAAAAAAACAACUACAUUAUUAAAGUCAGCUUAUUUUUGUGAUCAGAUUUAACUUAAUAUAUGAUGCAUCUAGUAUUCAAUCUUAAAACAUUUUAGCUUGGUCAAAAUAAUUUAAUCACCUAAAAUCAAAUGAAAUGUAAAAAAGACUCAAAAAUGUCGAAUACAUAAUAAAAUAUAAAUUGUUCAAAAAUCGACAGAAUAUUUCAAUAUUUUAUAAUUAUAAAAUUUUACUCUUCUAUAAUCAUAAUUAACUAGUUGCAUGUGCGUCAUACAUGACUGGUUAUAGUGGAUUUUACAUUUGGUUGCUAUAAUGAAUCAUCAAAACGUUACAAACGGAUCACGACUUUUAUAUAAUAUAAGGUUCUAAAAUAUGUUAAUACUUUCAUUUCAAAUUUAAAUUUAUAUUGCUUUAUAUGUGAUUGCUUGUCUGAACCCCAAAGUUAUAUACCAUAUUCUAUAUGACAAUAUUGGUUCCAAUAGCAGUUUAUAAAUGAGUAUUCUAUUGUUCAAAUUGAUAUGCUUAGAUUUAGGGAGAAAUCAUAAUUGACGGGAUGGGUUGUUUAAGGCAAUUCGCUAAAUAUAAAUAUGGUUAGUCAUUGAUCCAGGUGAAAGCCUAAAUAAGGGUUAUGAUAGGGCAGUUUCUUGGUCUAAGUGUGAAUAUGCAAUGAAUAAGUUUGUAUUAAUUUAUAUUAAUAAAAAUAUUAAGUUAUAUGCCAUGUCAGAAUCUGAAUGAAGCGCAAAAAUAACUCUGUCAUUUUCAAAGUCAUUUAUGACUGUAUAGUAUUGUAUGUUAGUUGUGGAAUAAUCUGAAAUGUGUAGAAUAUUUCAAUCAUUCCAGUCCAAAUGCCUUCAGCAAAUAACUAAAGCUCCUUUCUAUGUCUUAAAUUAUACACUGCAUAGUGAUCUGUCCAUCCCAACUAUACAGCAUGUAGCCAAAAUCCUCUAUAAACACUUCUACUCAAAUCUAUCCAACCACCGAAAUCCUCUAACUUAUCCGUCUUUAACAUUCCAGAAUAUUAGUUCCCAAAAUUUUGAGACAGGAUCUUGGAACUAGAUAAUUAAAAACCAUUGUUUACCACCAUAAAGUACCAAUACUGAAGAUAUUUUUCAUUUAAGCCUACUGCCAUGACCCCUUAUAUCAGUUAUGCUUAUUGUAAAAAUAAGUUAUUUAUAGAUUGUGUAAUAUUUAUUUGAAAAAAAUAUACAUUGUCAUAACUUUUUAGAUUCUAAAUGGUUUUUUAAAUAGUUAAAACUAUAUAACUUAACAUAAUAUUGUAUUAAAAAAAAAUAAAGAACAUAUUUACAUUUUCGUAGACAAAUAAUAAUAAAUCAAUAUUGCUAUAAUUAUUUUGAAAAUCUUUGUAUUUCUAUUCUCCUUAUUAAGCAUGAUAAUAUUUAAAAAUCCGACGUCACCUGGUUAUUCAUAAUAUUACCUUCUUUGGUUGGAAUAUCCACUGAUUAAAUUUGGUGACAACUAAGUAAUAAUAUUGACAACUUUAUGAGAAUGUCACUCCCAAUAUUUAAGGGGCAGUAUAGUUAAUUUUUUUAAGACGUCAUUAAGCUUUUUUAAUAGGGGAACCGUAAUGAUUCUAACAAUAUUACACAAAGUGGUCCUUAUUUUGCCAAUUUCAACAUUUCCUUCGGGACACCUAUCUUGUGCCGAAUAAUAAAAAUAAUAUAACCUCAAGGUUUGAAGCCAUUUGGAUAAUAUUUAAUGGAGAAGCGUGGCGUUUUAAUAUUUAAUAACGAAAACAUUUCAUGAAAUCAAUGAACAUAGUAUACAAACGACUACAGAUUGUUUAAAACUAUUUUUUUUUUUUAUACAAAAUACCUAUUUUAAUCGUAAGAUCUCGAGGUCUUUUUUGAAACCCCAUAUAUGCAAGAGUUUCAGAAAUCAACUAAAACUAUAAUAUUUCUUUAUGCAAUUACAAACUAUUUCUAUAUAAAAAUAGUUUAACUUAUUAUAUUAAUAAAGUACAGCUAUGUCGCAAAUUACAAUAACUCGAAUCUUUAUAACACGAAAAACUUGAUAAUUCUAAUUUAUUUUUGCCCUUUUGAAAUGCUCGUAAAACUCAACGUAUAUGUCUUUAAAAUAUAAAACAGUGUUAAAAACUUCGCUGCAAUAAUAAAUAGCUUAUACAUUUUUUAGCUUCUUUAAUUAACACAUAUCCAUGUAUGAUAUCAAAAAAUAAAUUAUAAUUUUAGGAUUAAAAUAGGUCUUUUAUUUUGUUAUUAAAAAUAUCAAUUCUAAACGAUCUAUGGCCGCGUUUAUAUACUAUUUUCAUUGAUUUUAUACAAUAUUAGUUGUUUAUGAAUUAUGGUGGAAUAAAGAAAUAUACAAAUAUACACGCAUACAUACAUACAUACAUACAUACAUACAUACAUACAUACAUGGAUAGAUAGGUACAUGUUGUCCACUUUACAUUCGGGUAAAAAUGGAGGGAAAAUUAGUAAUCAGUAAGACGGUCAGAUACAAAAUCAAAUACUACACAGUAUAAUAGAGUACAUCACAAUAUUAAAGCGAAAAUAGAGAAAAAAUUAGAAACUGGUAAUGCGGUAACGUUCAAAUUGAAUAUCUUUCAUGACAGUUACGCGUACACAAUAUGAUUUAGUGUAAUUUGUGUGAAGAACUAACAAAAAACCAAUUUUUCGUAUAAAGAUGCACUUUCUAUAGAAAACUUAUCACCUCGAACGUAACGGCCAUCUGAACGUAUUCAAUAGGGCCCAUUAAUGCCACUAAACACAUAUUUAACACUAUUUUAUAAAGUGACAAAUGUAAUUUUGUCAAGUUUGGGUGAAAUUAAUGCGUUUCAUUACAAACUACAAUACAUUAGAAUAAUAUUCGUAAUAUUUUAUUUAAUUGUAAACAAUUAAUUUUGAAUAUAAAAACAGUCGUUUAAUACGAAAAAUAAAAAUGCAAUAUAGAUAUUUACUAAACCCACUUGAAAUUAUUUUGUAUUUACACGUCAAAGGCAAUAUACGUUUAUGUAUAUGGGUUAUAACCCAAAAUAUUAAUAAAAUAUAUAGAUACCUAGACAAUUUUAUUAUAUAUAAAAUACUAUAUUUUAUUGUAAUACAGAAUUACAAUAAAUUGAUUACGUACAAUAAAAUAAUUUCAAAGUACUAAAAGUAAAUAUAAUGAAUAGGUGAGAAUAGAAUUCGUAAUAUAAUAUUAUCUUUAAAUAUAAUGCGCAUAGUGGUACUUUAAAAAGGGCUGCAUACAAAUUGCGUCCCAUGGCAACAAUUCCUUCCAAAUUCUUAUUAUUUUUAGGGUUGAUACUAGUUGCGUACUAUAAAUUAUAAAAACUAAAUAAUAUUCUCCUUCCCAUUUUUACACAGAAUUGAACAUACUCAGGUAGGUUAAAAAUAUUGGUUUAUUAAUAAUCUGUAUCGAUUUUUGUAAUAUUUUAAUUGUUAUAAAUGAAUAAAAUAUUUAUGGUAUUGGUAAAUCAACUAAUAUUAACCGUCAAACACUGCGAUGCGAUAAUAAUAUUGUAUUUGUAUACAACAUAACACAUAAAACAAUUAUCAAAGUUAAAACAUAAUAAAUCGUUAUACUAAAUCAAUAGUACCUACUCAAUAAUCUCCGAUAAGUCUAAUAAUAUAAAAGACAUUUCAGAUAUCGCAGAUGGUUAGGACGCAAUUCGCUGUGCUAAAAAAAAAAUCCUCGAAGCAAUUAGUAUACUCGUAAUAACAUUUUGUAGUUUUUUAUGCAUAAAUCAACUAGUAUGCAGGGUUAAAAAAGAUACGAAAAGAUAUAUUUCAACAUAAGGAAUUUUUAUCCGGGUAUUUAUGAACCCACUCACCCCCCCCCCCCCCCCCCAAAAAAAAAAUAUGGUGCGUAAUAUUUACGAUUUCAAAAUAAUAAAUUUGGUAAAUUUUCCCAAUUUUUCCAUUUAUUAUGAAAACCUCUGGGAAAAUCAAAAAGUGGCCACCCUAUUUUAUUUUCCUUUCAGAAAAUAUACUAAACUUGAAAAUUGGAGCAAAAUUUCUGAUAGAAAAUUUGUUUAUAGAUAAAAAAAUAAACAUCAUUUUAAAACUAAUACAUUCCUCAUUCCACUCAGAAUCUAAAAUACCCACACUGUGAUCAAUCUAAUACGAUAAGUACCUAUAUAUGGUCUCAUUUAAAAAUACAUUAUAUAAUAUUUCCACGAACCCAAUACAUUUUUUUAUUUUAAAAAUAUAGUUUUAUUAUAAACUAUAUAUAAACAUACUGUUAUAUGCUUAUAUGUGGUUUAAUAAUUUCUAAAAAAUAAAAUAAAUAAACACAGCCCGUUUAUUUUAACGUCUACAUAAUAGUUAUUCUUUGAUUAUUUAAUUAUGAAACCCAACAUUCGUAUGUAAACCAAGUUUAUAAUUUCAUUGAUAUUGCCAUAAAAAGUAAAAUAGAAUCAUUUCAUUUAUAAGUAGGAGCUUAUAAAUGAAGAACAAAAUCAAUGAUAACGCCUAUAGCUUACAACUUACAUCUUGCAGUAUUUGGAUUAAUACUUAAUUAUAAAGAACCAUAAUUAGUUUACCACACCAAUUUCUUAAAAAACAAAGUAAAACUUUGUCUCUGACUUUUUUUACAACAGUUUUUGAACAAUGGUCGAGACAAUUCAUAUGGUCGAUUUAUUUUAAUAUUUUACAAAUAACGAAAUUAAAAUUCUAAAGCAUUCAGAACAAUUAACUUUUCAUGAAGUAGAAUUAUUUUGUUUAGUUAAAAAAUUGAAUUGCCAUUUAGAAUAUUACUUAGUCAAAAUUAUUCAAAAAAUAAUUAUUUUUCAUAUUUAUAAUUUCUAUAAAUACAAAAUAUACAAUUAAAUAAUUUUGUUUAACUUGUUUACAUAUUACAAUAUUCAUGAAUUUUAGAUAUAUUUUAAUACAAAUUUCGGAUUUAUAAUAUGUUGAUCUUUUAAAUUGAGUUAUUUUCAUUUUGAAUCACUAUAACUCAUUAAAGAAUUAUAUACAAUGCGAAUAUAAUAAUAACGAAAACCAAAACCAUUUAAGUCAUUCCUUUUAAAAUGUGUAAACUUUUAAGCUCUUUAAACAAAUGAUACUUCAAAAACUUUUUUUACCAUACAAUUAAUUUUAAAAACCAUUAACCUUCCCCUAAUAAUUAUUGUCCAAACUUAAAGUUUCUGAUACAGUGAUAUUAUCACGGAAUGAACUCAUUGGAAUUAUAAAAUGUAUUUAUAUAGAUACACAACUUUUGGAAUAUAUUUGAAAAAACUGAUGACCGUAAUGAUUUUACAUUAUUUAUUAGUGAUUUCUAUGUAUUAUACAGCUGUAACGGUUUUAUCCGAAACCUAAUCAAACAUUCGGUUUUUAAACGAUAAAUUCGGUCGGCACGUUUUGUUACAUCUAGUUCAAAUGAAAUAUUCAAUGUGCUGAUCAAAUAUCCGUAAAUAAUAAUUAUUAUUAUAUUAUAGAUUUUACGCACCUAAUCAAUCAUUAGUAAGUGGUUUUAUUUAAAACGUAAUGAAAGAGAAAUUCCCGACCAAAAAAGAAAAAGUAAUGUUAUUUUACUUGAAUUUUCUGAGAUUAUAGAUUGAAAUAACGGAGUUACGCAAUAAUGACGCAAAAAUAGCACAGUUAUAAUUUGGUGUUAAUCCACUGUCAAGCAUAAAAAAAAAAACAAAAUGUUACAAUGUACCUAAAUACAAACCCAUGCCAUUUGUUGUCAAUAUAUUUAUUUUAUUUUUAACUUAUGAGAAUUUGACAUUUGACAUUAUUUUAAAAUAAAUACCACAGAUUGAAAACCGCCGAAACCUUCGAAUCUACGGUUUUAACUACUUAAAUUAAACCACCUAUAUGCAUGAUAAAAUCUGAGCAUUUGUAACUAAAAAAGUUUUUUCAAUAAAAAACAAAAUCACAUCUUAGUAAAACUAUAUUAGUUUCUACACUUCAAAAUCUAAAACGAAUACCAUUUUAUAAAUUAAAAAAUAUCUACUCGAGUGUCUAUACAUUAUUAUGAUCAAUUUGAAUGGCUAAUUUUAUUUAUAGCUGCCAAUUGGUAUAAGUUGAUAUACAUCAACUUGUCAACAGCUAAUAAAUUAACAUAAUUAAAUACUUUAAGUAGUUAGUUAGUUAUAGUUAGUCACUAGUUGCAGACUUUGUAUGUUUCCUUUUACGUUUUCUAUGACUUCUAAAGAAAUUUAGGUCAUCUAAAAAGCCUAGUAUUUUAAUAAUGUAAUAAUUGAUAAUUAAAUUCACUGCGUUUUAAUUUCUUUAUUUUAAAUUUUUACGAUUUACGUUUUCUACAAGAAAUAUUGUUCUAAUAAAAAAUGACAAGAGAUCUUUGUUGUGGGAUUUUUAAUUUAAUUGGUGAAUAAGGAAAACAUUUUUUGAUUUUCUCUAUAGUUUUUUUUAAUAAUUAAACAAACUCGUAAAUAUAAAAGAAUAGGACAAUCUCGUAAGUAAUGAUUUAUUAUUUUAAAUUUUUUUAUCAUAAAGCUUACUCCGAUUAUAAAAUAUAACACCUUUUUUGAAAUUAAAUGUUCUUUGGGUGGUAUUUUAAGGAGAUCAUUUUUUGAAAUUCUCAUUAAUGUUCGAGAAAAUGAGAAAAAUCUGAUUCUUUAGGUUAAAAAACAUUCAAAGAUUGAAAAACGGUUGUCAUUGGCAACCGUUUUUAUUUAUUUUUUGUUAUUAUUAAGUUUUAAUUAUUUUAAAAUCUUUUUUAAACUAUCAUUGUUGCCAAUGGAAACACAUAUUGUAAUAAUUUUACCAUAAUAUGACAUAUAUAUUGUUGACAAUGCAACACUAUCAAUUGAAUUCCGCUCAGAAUCGUUUUUCAUUAGCAAUGGUUUAUCGCUGCUUACAGAUAUGUAUUAAAUUCCCGUCUGUAUUGUACCUUCCCAACUUCCCAACUACAACAUUGGCUGCACCCACGUGUGAAAUAUAUUUUUUUUUUUUUAUGUUGAAUCUCUAAUGGGCUGAUACAUGAAUUUUGUCCUUAGAAUACAAAAAUUGAACAUUUGUUAAUAAAUAACUAUGUUAUUGCUGGCAUAAUUUGGUUGUGAAUAAGCGAAAAAAAUUCAGAAGACAAUAGUUAAUGAUUAUAAUAGAAGGGUUAUUUUAACUGUAAAUACAACUUUCUUAAUUAUUUAAUCAUACAAUUUUUUUCUGAAAUGCAUGAAUCAUAUUAUCUACUUGACGGAUAUUAACAAUGCUACAAAGAAAUGUUGGCUCCAAAAAAUUAUAAGAAUUUGAAGAAUUAUAACAAUUUGUUUAUUUUUGGAUACUCUAAGCUAACCCCGGAAACGUCGGGUAAUGAAAACUAAUACAUAUAACAAAUAAAAAUAAGAUCGUUUUGAGGAUUUUAUUCGUUAUUAAAUCUUCCAUAGAAAAGUUUUACACAAUAUUAAUUUUUUUUAAAUAUUUUACGAUUACGGUUUUAUUAUAAUACGUACCUAUUGUAUAGUGUUGGUAUCAAACUACCAAAACUUAAAAAAUUGUCUACCAUUAUAUUGUACUAAUUACUAUAUUACUGCUCUAUUAUCUUCUAGAUAUUUUAGAAAUAAAAUCAUUAUCGAUGUAUCGUGUGGAAUUUUAACAAAUCUAUACAUGAUGUACCAUGCGUAGCCCCCUAUAAUAAAUGUUUAUUAUAUUUGAAACGUAUCACGCUCUUUGUUCUAAAAUAGUAUAUCGUAUUGUUACUUUUUUACUUAUCUGAAUAGAUCAAAAGUAUUUUCUCAAAGGAAAAAAACAAUGCACAUUUAUACAUUUGAUUGAAUUCAUAAACUACCUGGCUACAGAACUUUAACAAUACUAAUACGAGUACAACCAACGAUUUAUAUAUACACUAUACACGCGAUAUGAAGUGGAUAUAGGUAUCCAGAUGUUUACGUCAGAUGUCAAAUUUUUACGGUUGCACACUGUGGAUAGAUAGAUACCUACAGUAUUCCCAUUAUACAAAACAUAAGACCAGUAAGCAAAAUUUCGCGAAAAUUUCAAUUUUUUACACGUCAGACAAUACUUGACUGACAUUUAAUUUUCAAAUGGUCAAUAACCCAAUAAAAUAUACAUCUAUCUACUUUCAAAACAGACAUGUACAAAUAAAUUUUGAGAAUACUGUAUUAUAUGAUAAAUAUAACACAUACUUUUAAGUAUUUCAUGUCUAAACAUCACGUAAAGGAAAACAUUCCCUGACGUAAACAUAUUUCAUUACAAUAACAACCGACCAAAAAUAACAUGUUUUAAUAUGUUUAUGUAUUAUUGAUCUAUUGUACCUACAUAAUACCUACCAAAUGAAAACUAAAAAAAAACUCGAAUAUGUCAAUUGCCUAUAAAUAGCUCAAAAAAGUCCAGAAUGUUUUACCACGUUUAGAAAAUAAUAAUAUAAUAAUAAUUAAUAAUAAGUAAUAAGUAUUCUGUAUAAAUAUUAAGCCCUUACAAUAAUUUAUAACCGAAUUAAAACAAAAAAUAAUAAAUUUAUCAAUAACUUAAACUUUCCCGUUUUUCCUACAUCUUCCUAAAUUAUUAAAAAAAUCAUACGGAAAAUCAAAAAAACUUUUUACACACUAAGUAAACAUUAUCUUUCAGAAAAAAUACUACUUUUAAAUUUUAGUGGAAAUUUAGAACAAAAUCUAAAGUAACGAAACUUUCACUGUCGUAAAUUUGUUCGUCUUUUACAUUUAUUUUUUUCCAAUUUUUCAAAAUUCUUAUGAGAACCGCUUGGAAAAUCAACAAAUAACUCCUUCUCAACUCACUAAUUAAGACCUUAGUGCCCAAAAUGUGGAGAAAAGCAAAAGUAGUGGCAUUGCCUAAACCGGGAAAAGAUUACAAAACCCCAAAAAGUUACAGACUAAUAUCUUUGUUAUGCCAUACUUUCAAAUUGUAUGGGCGCAUAAUUAUGAAUCGGAUCAAGUACCAAGUCGAAAGAAAACUUAUCUCUGAACAGGCCGGUUUUAGGCCUGACGAAAACUGUGCAGGACAGGUAUUAAACCUGUGCCAACAUAUCGAAGAUGGAUAAGAGAACAAAAAGAUAACAGGGGUAAUUUUCGUAGAUUUAUCCGCAGCGUACGAUACGAUGAACCAUAAUCUCUUAUUAAAUAAGAUAUACGAAUGUACAAAUAACUGGCACUUUGUUUAAAUAAUAUCAUCUAUACUAUACAACCGUCGUUUUGCAAUCACAAUAUGUAGAACAAAUGUAGAAACCAGCGAAAUGGCUAACCCCAGAGUAGUGUGGUAGCGCCCAUGUUAUUUAAUAUAUAUACUAAUGAUCAACCCAUCAUUAAAGAAACAAAACACUUCUUAUACGCAAACGACUUGGCCUUAGCAUCACAAGACAAAACUUUCCAACUAUCUGAACGUAAACUUACUAGAUCAUUCCAAGAAUUAACAAAUUAUAAUAUGGAAAACAAACUAAGACCCAAUCCCAUUAAGACACAAGUAUGAAGUUUCCAUCUCCGAAAUCGUGAGGCAAAAAGAGAAAUAAAAGUUGAGUGGUUUGGAAAAACACUGAGAAAUAUAAAAUAUCCAGUUUACCUAGGGGUUACAUUGAAUAGAACUCUCACAUCCAAGGAACAAUGUGAAAAAACGAAAAUGAAAGUCGAAGCAAAAAACAACCUAAUACGGAAACUAGCCGGUAGCAAAUGGGUUGCGACUCCAAAUACGAUCCAAACUACGGAACUAGCGCUUUGUUUCUCUGCUGGUGAUUAUGAUAGUCCAAUCUAAAUACACGAAACAUGUUGAUACGGCACUUAAUGAGACCUGUAGGGUGAUAACCUUAAGUCUAAAAUCAACGUUACUAAAAAAUAUAUAUGCACUAACAGAGAUAUCUCCACCAACUUUUGUCAUUUUUCGAUUGAAACAGGAUUCCCUUAAAUUUUAAAUUUACAACAAAUAAAAACAAAAGAAGUGAUACUCCUAUGAGAGCGCCACUGUUGUUGGUGAGAAAUUAAGUAAUUAGGUUAUAUAUAAGUUUUAGAUCUAAGUUUUCUCUUCAAAUUUCAAGUUUCUACAAAUAAUUUUAACUGAAUUACAACAAAAAAUAAUGAAACCAUUAUUUCCGUAAACUUUACCUUUCUUUCUACGUUUUUUUUUUUAUAAUUUUCUCAUUUAUUAAGAAAACUAUCAAAAAACAACUUUUGAAAUCACCGACAUUUUUUGAUUGGAACAAGAUUUCUGGUAGAAUAACGGUUACUCACGGGCUCAACAAAAAUACACACUUGUAGUAGAAAAACCAAUAAAUUCCUCUAUACGAUCCAAAUCUGAAAUUAGUACACAUCAUAUAAUUAAACUAAUACAUUCCACGAUCCACUCAGAAUCUAAAGAAUACUUAAUUAUAAAAUGUGCAAUCACAUGAAAAACACAUGCUACCUGUGUACAUUUAAGGCUCUUAAAUCUGCAUUAAAAUUCUAAAUCUGAAUUAGCAUUUGUUGUCAGUUUUUUACUAUAUUAUUAAAAAUAGUACUAAAAAUUUCAAAAAUUAAAUCCUGAACGCACCGAACUAGAAAAAAAAAUUGCCACCAUCAGAAACAACCUUUAAUUUUUUUUUUUAUAUUUUAAUUAGAACACGAAUCUUCUGAUCAAGACCGUCAUAACACACAGAAAAAAAACAAUAUAUACAUUAAGGAAACUCAGUACAACAUUUUUUCACAUUACCUACUCAUCUAUUAGAAUGUAAAAAACGGGCUCCGCGUAAAGGAAAUUAUUCUGUAUGCGCUACUCGCGUCGACAAAAGUGGCGCAUAUCUUAUAUUACAUUAUGUUCUUCAAAUACCAAUAAUUUAAAACCGUUUGAAAUUCAGGAAUUCUUGAUUAUAUGAACAUAUAUGUGUAAAAUCAAAUUAUAUAAUAUGUAUAAAUUAUACACACUAUAUAUUUAUAUGCACUCCGGCGAUCUAAUAUGAUCUUAAAUCAUGCAUCUACGACAUACAACACAUGGUAAUAAUAACUAUUAUUAUUAAGUAUUUUGAAUUAUGAUUAUUACGUGUACGUACGAUAACAAUAUUACAAUCUGGUAAGAAUACGACAUGCUAUCAAUUAUUCACUUGUCAUCAUUAGUUAGGUAUACUGUUUGAACAACCGUGGUAGCCUGAUGAUAGAAUAUAACGGUGAAGGUACGUCCAGUGCUCGAAUUAGAAAGAUAUAAGAAGGACUAGAAGACCUAAAACAAAUUAUAGCAUUCCUUGCAAUUAUUUAAUUCAAACUAACCAGUGAGGGGCUUCAACCCCAUACUCCACUUAUACCAAUUUUAAACAUAGUUCAUUUAUUAAUAAUUUAAGAAAAAAAAACAUUACUGCAGGUUAGAUUAAGUUAAAUUAGGUUCGUAUGAUGUGUUUUUUUUUCUAUUUGUAAAAUAAUUUAUUUAAUUUAUUUUGGUUUGUGGUAGAAAAUAUUGUUUAGUUGAUGCAAUGAGAAGAUUAUUUUUGAUUAUCCUUGUAGUAUUCUUAAUAAUUAGGAAAACUCGAGAAAACGUCCGGGAUAAUUGUAAUUUAAGUAUUUGCAUAAUAACAGUUUCUGUUAUUUUCGAUUUUGUUUUCUUGUUGUAAUUCAGUGAAAAAUAAUUAUAGAGUUGAAAAAUUUUACUGGUUACAUAUAUUGGUUACAAUAUUUAUAGCAUUCUAAAUAUGUAUUAUUUAUGUAUAGCCAUUUAAAAUGUUGAAUUUUUAGGUUUUUGUUUGAUUUAAACUGCUUAAAGUCAUUGAAAUGGUUUUGGUCCAACAAAAAUGAUCGAAAAUUAGCAUAAAUUAACAUAAGAUUUGUUUUAUUAAGAGUUUAAAGUUCAAAUUUUAAUGAAAAUAAAUUUGUUAAAAAUUCAAAAGUAUGUACCACCCAAUGCGCUUCCAUGUAUUACAACAAAAUACAAAUAGUAGAGAAAUGCUAACACUUUUGUAAAAUUAAUUAAAGUACUCAGUCCUCCUCUCCCAAUCCGGGCCAAGGUACGUCAAACACCUGUUGAAUUUCGUGUACACUAUAAUAACUAUCAGUCAUCUUGUCGGGUAUGACGUCAAUAAAGGCGAUAUUAUCCAUUUUUGAACAAAGCGUAUUGUUUGCGAUUCCGAUGACAUACAAUUGCCAAAUAAUAUAUUGUACAUUUUAGAUGUGCAAAACUAACGAUGAUUGGUCAUUAAAAUGCAGUCCAGAGAUAAUUAGAAGCCAUAAAACAAAAAAUACUUAACAGUUAUCUUACAAAAAUCGACCACUUCACAUUUCAACCCAAAUUUAACAGACCCGCGUGACAUAUGACUGUUAUUGUAACUUUGCAAAUUCUGAGUGUAGACUAUGAUGUGGGUUUUUUUCUUUCCGUUUAUUAAACUUUUCAGAGAUUUUGCUCCGUGGAUGAACUAUAGGGAUAGUUGUUGGUAGUUUAUUUUGUCUAGGAACUUACUAGACUUGAGAUGAUCAUUUUUUAUUUUCCUUUUAGUUUUCAAAAUAAUUGAAAAUAUUUCGUAAAAAGAAAAUAUUUACGCAAUUACGGUUUCUGUUAUUUUAGAUUCUCAGAAUUACUUUAUAAUAUAGUGAAAAAUAAUCGUAGACCUAAAACUAUCAGCCAUCAAGUUAAUUUUUAGUUGCAAAUGGACUAGUAGCGUACAGUAUGAAUUCAACGUCAUAAUAAUAUAUAGGUACAUAAUAUUAUUAUACUUGUAUAAACUAAAUAAACAAUAUUUUUUUUAUCAUUACAAUAUUUUUAUAUCUUUUUAUAAUUUAUGAGUUUUUUGAAGUUUCUCGUGGCUGAAUAAGAAAACACGAGAUUGGUGACUGAAUGAAGUGAUGGUCAUUUAUUCGGUUAUUUGAUUUUAACGAGAAUAAUAUACAAUCCCAAAUUUUUUUUUUUUUUAAUUAACUUUUUUGAGAUUCAUUUCUCAUUAUACGAAUUUAAGAUUCAAUAUUGAUUUUAUUCUUGAUUUUAUAAUGAUGUUUGUAACGUGUUUGUUUGUUUAUUUUUAAAAUGGGAUAAAAAAAAGGUGAUCUUAAUGGAAUUUUGCAUUAAUAUAAGCUUGUAAGCAUUUAAAGGGUUAUUUGUAUACAUAAUAAUUUAUCGGUACUUUUAAAAUUUAAAUGAAAAUUACGGAAUACAAGAUGAAAAUUAAAUUUUAAAUCAUAUUUUUUCAGAAUUAAUUAAUUAUUAAGUGUUGAUAUUCAGAGAAAACUUAAAACUUUCAUGUUCUGUAUACUAUUUUUUUUAAUAUUUCAAAUUUCUGCUUAAAAUAAAAAUUAUUUUACUUAAUUUUUAAAAAAAAUCUUAUAAGUAAGUAUGCAUAAGGGUAAACGCUUACAAUACAUAGUGAAUAUUUUUAUUUAUAAUAUUACCUACUUUCUGUAUUCAUGUAUAUUUUUUCAAGAAUUAUAAGUUAUUUUAUUAAGAUAACUAUUGCUCUGUUAACCAUUAAUAUUUCAUGCCUCCGUGGGCUUCGUCAGUGCCUAAUAUAGUCUGAUAAUUUUCUUGUAAAAACAUAAUAUUAUGAAAAAUUAAACAUAUUUUUUACUAUUUUUGUAGUACUUUACUUAAAACACUUAUAAAAAAAACUACUACAUAACGUGCAUUCAAUUUUUUUUUUUUAUCACUAUAUACAACUUUGUUAUACAUCUUGUUAAACUGUCAAACAUUUUAGCUGGACCAAAACAAUUUUAUAAAACACAUAAACACAUAAAAAAAAAACUAAAACCCCUGUGAAUUUAAAAUGACUAUAAAUAUGAAAAUAUAUCCUCGUCUAGAAAAAAUUAAGUAUUAUAUGAACAUUUUCAAAUUUUCAAUCGUGAUCUGUGUUAUUUAUGAACAAAUGAAUAAAAUAAAUAAUAAAAUUAAAAUAUAUUAAGUAUUUUAAAUCCGAGUUAUUUGUAAAUAUUCGAUAAAACCUCAUCUAAGUUAUAUAUAUAUAAUACUAUACAGGUAUACCUACCUGAAAGAUUCAACCCAAUUUCAUUCUAACACUAAAGUUUCUUAUAUGCGAUAUAAAAUUUGUAGAUUCAUUGCUCAUGAUAUUUUCUUCUACAAAAUAUAUUAUCAUUAUUUAUUAGUUUGCAAUAUUUGAACUCAAUAAAUCAAUUUUUUUUUUUAAUGCAAUAUUAUAUGCCAACGUAUACCUGUAGUUAGGUACAGUUGGAAUAUCAUAUUUUUUAGAUUAACUAAUGUACAAUUUUAACAAUAAUUUAGGUUAUUGAAAAAUAAUUUCUCUGAAGUACCACAAACAAUUUAAUUUUGACGAGUAUCGAUCUAUCUAGCUACCUAUAUCUAUAAUAUUAAUUUAUAUUACUUUUCGAGUGUUUUUAAUAAGAUUCCUUAGUCCAGAAAUUAUUAUCGUUAUAAUAUAAAUUCAUUAUUGUCAAUUGUAAAAUAAUAAUUAAUAUUAUUAUUGAUAUUAUAUUGUAUUGUUUACAAACAUUUUUCGUAUCAAAUUUACUUUUGCCGUAUUAUCUACACGAGUGCCUGGGCCGGUAUUUAGACACAAUUUAACACUUGUUUCAUAAUUUUAGUUGAUACAAUAUACGUUUAGCACGGCUCAAGGUGUAUCAGUACACCUCGACUGCAGGUAUAUAUUUAUACCUAGAGCCGUGGUUUAGUAUUAACGCAGUUUGAAAAUGAUAAACAUUAAAAUCCCCUUCCCUCAUCAUUGGAAAAUUAUGCGUACACGUCUAAUAUACAGACGAUAAAAUAAAUCAGCGUAUUAAGAUCGACAUGUACGACGGGUACCUAAAUAAUGGUUUAACAAAUGAUAUGUAUUUCAUCAUUCGCAUAUUGAACGUGGCAUUUGCAUAAAGUACUCACGUGGGAUUAACCAAAUUACGAAAAUAGUUUAUUCCUUCAAUAUACAGGUAUACAAAUAUAAUUCUACGUGUUUGUUGAGUCGGUUCGUUGAAAAUUGCCUUUCACAGACCCAAUACAGUACAUACUAUUUCGUAUUUAAAUUUAUUUGCUUAGGGUUUUUUUUUUUUCUUUUAAAAAUACCCUUUUUAUUUAUUUGGGAUUCAGUGAGGACCAAUCACUUCCUGAAUAUAACCCUACUUCAAAACAAUUUAUAUGGUAUCCGUAUGACGGUAUGUUUUCACUCUCUUUCGAUAGGUAUAGGUAAUGUCGUUUACACACAAACUCACUUAACCUGUAUUCACGAAAAAAAAAUGUUUCUUACUUUUAUAUUGUUUGAAAAAUUUAGUAGCAACGCAAUAAUCAGUGAUAGUAAUUAAGUGUUAGGAUAACGGUAUAGAACACCCUUUAUAAAACAUUUUAUUGUUAGGUUUAUUUGGAAUUUUGGGGAAUAAGAGUACAGAAUUUAAUCUUGCUGGAAAUCUAGAAAUACUACUUUAAUAAUACUUGUUUUUACUACAAUUAUAAUCGGGAUUCAGAAGCAAUACGUAUGGCGACCACGGCUGAUGAGUAACGUCGAUAGAGGCAAAACUAUUUUAGAUUCUAAACGUAGUGAUAUAGAAUUAAGAAUAUGCUCCAAUAAAAAAAACGACGAGAUAUCAUAUUUUUGUGGCAUUUUUAAUCAAGUUGAAAAUCGUUUUUUAAUUUUUCUAGUAAUUUUUCAAAUGAUUGAGCCAAACAGAAAAAAACGUAGAAAUAACGGGCAAAUUAAUAAAAAUAAUAAUUUUAUUAUUUUUAAUUUUGUUUUUACUCAGUCAAAAAUAUUUUUGGAGGCUUAAAAUUUGAACAGAAAACUUAUACUUGACUUUUCUAAACUGAUAAAAUUUUCAAAGCAUUUGAACUAUUUUUUUUCAGCUAUCUAUACACUUUUUAAUUUGACAAGUUUUUUAAGUAAUUUUUAUUUCGUAGGUACUUUGCGGAUAAAAUUGUUAGACUAAACAGAAACGCUUGAAAAUUCAACAGAAAUUUCAAUAUAAGUCGUACUUUUAGAUACAAAAAAAAAUUAAGUUUAAACAAGUUUUUUUAUUUUUAUAAAAAUUUUAAUAUUAAAUUUUGGCAAAAAUCAUAAAUAUUAUACUCAAUAAACUAAAAACCAAAUAAAUUCAAUUAAACUCUAAAUUACACAAUUCUUUAAGAAGAGUUUAUAAUCUCAAUUAUUAAAAUAAAAAGAUGAACAUGCUUCGCACGAUAUAUAGUUCCCUAUAGUAGGUGAAAAGUUGGGAAGGUAAGAUAUGGAGGAGAAUUCAAUGUAUAUCUACAUAUAUGCAAUGAUUAAUCAUUGCAAACGAAAAACGAUUCUGAGCGAAAUUCGGUUAUUAUUUCGUAGAUUGUCCUGUUUUUCCCAAUAACUAUGAAAACUGCUUGAAAAAUCAAAGACCUGCUGAAAGUAUCAACUAUAGAUAAAUUUUCUUUCAGAAAAGGUGCUACACACUUAAAAGUUGGAGCAAGAUUUGUGGUAGAAAUUGUGUACGCUGCAGUAGGAAAAAAAAUAAAAAAAUAAACAUAAUUUUAAAAUAGUUGUGUUAACUAAUCAUCAGGCUAGUAACAUACCAAUAAUUUAUUUAAAUUAUACUGAAUACUUACGCCAAAAUGAAAUAUCAUUCACCUAAACACAACGGUUAGUUGCCUUCUUAUUAUUACCAAAUUUCCCAUAGUCCCGCGGUAAAAUAAUAUAAUAACAUCUGUACUGUAAUAUAUUAUCUCCUAUAUACAGAUGUGUUUAGCAGCUUAAUGCAAUGACUUUAGAUCUUAAAUUUUGUUAAUGGUACCAAAUUUUACGAAAGUGAUUACAACAAGCAAAACGUUUUACCAACUAUAACUAUUAUACAUAUUAUAAUUAAACAUAUGUUAUACGAAACUAUUAUUAUGCUACCUGCUCUGUUGUAACUUCUAUAAUAACGUAUUAUAUACUCGGACUAAAUAAUAAUUUAAUACGUUACUGUCAAAGACACAGGUAUCUACGUAAAAUCGUAAAUCCUAGACUAUAUAACAAUACCUAUAUUAACCUAUUAGAUUUGCCAUUAAACGAUACAAGAAAAAAAUAUCAAUAGACAAGAUGUAGCGGUCAAUAUUAAUAUGACCCUAGAUAAUAAGACUAAUAUUCUGAAACCCAAAAGCUAAAUAUUAGAUACCUAACUUAUUUGUCUAUUAAUUAUUUAAAAAGUAAUUCAACUGUAAUAAAUUGUUAUACCAACAUAUUAUAUUAACAAUAUUUAAAUGGUAUUGCACAUACAAUUUUGAAAUGUGAGGUUUAGUUUAAACUUUAAUUCUAAAAGUAUAAAAUAAUUUAAUAUAAAUACACGAUUUACUCCGUGAAAGUAAUACUUUUUCAGUUUUAUUUUUAAAUUAUUUAAUUUAACGAUGUGCUAGGUAUGCUCUUGUUUUUUUUUUUUUUUUUUUUUUUUUUUUUUAAAAAAAUAGAAUAUCAUAAAAGAAAAAUAGUUAUACGAUAUUUAUUAGUAUACAAUAAAUAUUACACUAAUCGUUAUACUUCAAAUUACAGCAAUAUAUUAUUAUAUCUAUUAAUAAAUAAUGUAAAUCUAUUUAUUAUUAAAUCAAUACGUAUUUAUAAUAAUAAUAUUAUACAUUACUAGCUGUUCCGUCCGGCAUUUCUCGGAUCAAUUUUUUGUUCUUUUAUUUCAACCGUAUCACCGAGGUAACCCAUGAAUAAACAAAAAUAAAUAAACAAUUAUAAACUCGUACCAAAAAUAAUUAAAACCCCCUAUUUCACCCUAUAAGGGGGUUGAAUUUUCAAAAAUGUCUUUGUGGAUGUCUACGUCAAUAGCGACCUACCUAUUUGUACCAAAUUUUAGCCCGGCCAAUUCAUUGGUUCGAACUGUGUGACAAUAAAUCAGUCAGUGAGGGCUUAUUAUUUUAUAUAUAUGUACCUUUAUGGAUAAUAUUUUAGAUUUUAAGCGAAACGAGGACUGAGGAAUAUAUUGAACAUUGAUUUUAUAACGAUUUUUCUUUUUUAUAUUUAUAUAUAUUUUUGUAUAUACCUAUAGUAGCUGUGUACACAAUUUCUACCGAAAAUUGUGCUCUAAUUUUUAAGUGUAGCACCUUUUCUGAAAGGAAAUUGUAUCUAUUUAUUUAUCUAUUUAUUUUCAAUUUUAUGUUUUUGUUGUAAUUGAGUUAAAAAUGUCCGUAUAGACUUGUAAUUUAGACAGAAAGCUUAUAUUUGCCUUUUCUAGACGUGGUAAAAUGUUCAAAACUUUUUUGUACUAUUUAUAGACAUUUUAAUUUUUAUUCGGUAGCUUCUUUGUGGAUAAAAUUUUUGAGAUAAAAAGUUGAGUUUAAUGCAGUCAUUUUUUUUUCUUAAGAAUUUUAAUACCAAAUUUUAACGAAAAUCGUAAAUAUUAUGGCCUUAUAAAAUAUUUAUAAAAUACAACCGAACUCCGCUCAGAAUCGUUUUUCGUUAGCAAUAACUAAUCAUUAUUAUGUACAGAUAUAGGUAAAUUAAAUUCUCCUCUAUAAUUAUACUUUCCCAACUUCUCACAUACAACAGUAGCCCACCCAUCAUGCGAAGUAUUGUCCGUCUUUUUUAUUAUUAUAUGUCAUAUACUUAUAAUACUUAUUGAAUAAUUCGACAGGUAUAUUAUUAUUGUUUUAAUAAGAUAUUUGUAUCCUAAUAAAUUCUAGAAAUAACGCGUAGUUUCAUUUUUUUUUGAAAAGUAGAUUCAAAUACCCGAACCUAUAUAGUUAUUUUGAAUACCUUUCCACGCAAUUGUUCGAAUAUGUAUUCUGUAUACAAAAUAAAAUUAUUCUUCACAAAGACGCAAACAAGCAUAAUUUGUGAUCUACCAGCUUAACAUGCUGCUCCGGCUUUAAUCAAUGGUUAUUUUUGUGUGUACACUUUAUACACUACGAAAUCAUAAAUGUGCACUACACAAAAUGUGCACGAAUCACCUGCUAAUUUAUUAUAGACAAACUAUGAGGUUUUGCAGAUAUAAAGAAAACAUUUUUUUUAAAUAUUUACAGUGUAAUCAGUCCUCGAAAAGUAUUUUUAAUUUUUUUUUUAACUUUUUGAAACAUAGCUCUAAAAUGUUUCAUCACUGCUAUUUUUGUUUCCGAAGGUGAAACCACUAUUCUUAAUUUUUACACAGCACCCUAUAAUAAAAAUUCCAUAAAUAGGCGUUGAAAUUUAUUAUUUUCGUCAACGCCCUAUAUAUUGGUACUAAACUCAAAUUACACACGGAUAGUGCACUACUGAUAGUCUGGCUUCAGUCAUAAAUUGGUAGGUAAUACCUACUAGGUAAUAAGUAAAUAUAAAAUUAAAUAAUAACUGUUGAAAUAUACAUAUCCCGAACGAUUAAUAUUACGUCCAUCACUAUUUAUAGCCUUAUAGGUAUUAUAAUGUAGAAUCGUUUAACGCCGCCAUUUUGUUUUCAUUAAAAUGUCAAUUCAACGGGUACUCACCGACCGCUGCCGCUGCCGCUGCCGCUGCUCAUGACUGCCCUCAGACGAUACACUUCAUUAAUCAUUUAUCACAUUAUACAAUAAUUGACACGUUCGACGCAAAAGUAAGGAAAAACACUAAAAAAAAAAAAAUAUCAAAUAACGAAAAAUCAAAAACACUUCACCCGACAUACUACGGAGUUUCGUACGCUAAAACAAAAUUGUUGAAUCCCGUUAUGCACUAUGUGGCGGGGUUAACACCCACACUGAGGGUGAUCGACGGUUUUCCAUAAAUCUAUAGAUCACGGAUGACAAAAAAAAUUAUAACGUACCUGAAGAAGUGAAGAACCAUUUCUCCCGGUCACGCGUCAGUCUGGGCAACUUGUACGGAGUGAGUACCUACAAGUGUACAAUACCUACUACAAGUGCUGUACGAGGGAGGGGCGAACCCCCUAACCAAAAUGGUUCGUUUUUUUUAGUCGACAAUGCAAGUAAAAAUAGUAGAUAGUAAUUAUAGUAAUAAUAGACAUUAUUAGUAAAUCCUCUUCUUGGCGAAAUGUUACCAUGUUACGGUACCGACCAAUAGGUAUAGCUGAUAAUAUGCAUACAACGGUUUAAGAUACCAUGAUAUAGAGGUAUGUACCUACCUACAAAAUAUCUAUUUUGCUUCAGAAUAUGAACUUAAUGCGUAAUGUUUGACAUUUAAUAAAGUAUUUAGGUAUCAUACAGCCCAAAAUGAGCAGCAGAGUUAAAAACUGAAUAAGUAUAUUAUAUUAAUACAUAUUAUUUUUGAGGUUAUAAUAAUACUCAAUAUACUUAAUAAAAAAAUGAAAAAAAAACCGAGCUUUAAGUGUAUUAUAAUAUUUAGGUAUCUAAAUUUGUGUACUCGUAAACACAAAAAUUGUUGCGUAAGUAACUAUAAUAGGUAGUAUACAAAUUAAUUUGUCACUUAUAAACCAUUAAAACCAAUUAUUCUACUUUCUCUACAAAAAUAGUAAUUAGGUAUUAAUAUUAAAUUUUAAUCUAAUAUAUAGGUAUGUUUGUUAAUAUAUCUAAGCGCUAGAUACUUCGUAGUAGAAUUAGGUAAAAAUAUUAUUACACUAAAAUUAUUUGUAUUUAUAACUAAAACGGUAUUCUUAUUGUAGGCGGUUUAUCACACACUCGACGUCUAAAAAGAUAAGAGUCUUUGAAAGUCUUUAAAACUUCAUAGUUUCAAAAAAAUUGCAUGGUACUUCACCAUCCUUACUGCCGUAAUAUUUAUUUUAAAAUGUAUUAUAACAAAACUUUUUUUUUAUUUUUAAAUGUUUAAUCAUUACCUCAAAUUAACACAAUACAUGUAUUUUUUUAAUUUCAAGGGUAGUUAUCAUCAGGUAAAAGUUACACUUUACUCUAAAAUAAAUGUAAAACAAAUAUAACAUUAAUUAAUUUUUAAGUUAAAUUUUAUUCACAUAUGUAAUUCCCCUAAAGGAAAACUUCAAUUUGGUUAUUGUCUUUGAAGAUAUUAUAUAUAGUUAAGAUUCUUAACUUAAGAACCAUAUUUCAUACAAUAUUUUUUACAAAUAUCUCUUAAUUCAAAUCUCCAAUAUAAUCACUGUUCAUUGCUGUUUACUUAGCUUUCGUAAAAGGUAAAUACAAUUGUUGGAGACCAAAAUGUGAUACCUAUUUGUUCAAUAUUAAAAUAAAAAAUUAAGUAUAUUCUGAGUAUAUUAAUACUUACAGAUCUGUAAAUUUAGCUUAAUAUUCAUAAAAAGUGAACUUACAACUAAAUAGUAAAUCAUUGAUAACAUAAUAUUAUAAGUAUCCAAAGUAUAUAAAAUGUAUAACUAUAAACAAGCAUAAAAAUAAAAUAAGUUUACAAAAAUAAAAAUCUGAUUUAAAAACACAUAAGAGUCCAUACUCUUCAAUUGCACAAUAGCAGUUAUUAAUAGUAAAAAUAAUACAAACUAUAAAUCUAUAUUCUAUACGUAAAUGAACAGUGUAGUACUAUGCCACUGUGAUGUACACAAAAAUAUAAAAUUAUAAGUGAUUGUAGUUUCAAAUUUAUAUAUAAAUACAAGUUAGGUUUACUCACAUAAGCAGUUUCAAAACCUGUUAAACGACAGGUAAUUACAAAGUAUUAAUAACCAAUAGACUGAAAAUGGAUUAUCCACAGGCAGAUGAGACGACUAACGACCACAACAUUGCUGUGUUCGUCAAGGUUGUUAUCUUGUUUGUUACUUUUAUUAUUGAUAAAAAUUAAACCAAAAAGAGUAAAAUAAUUUAUUUGAAUUAAAACUAUAAAAACAUUAUCAAUUUUUUAUUUUUAGUGCAAGUAUCAAGUGCAUGCACUCUAUGCUCCUGCAAAUUUUGAACUAUUAAAUGGAAGACUAUAAAAAAAUUAGGCGUUUAAAACAAACAAGAUAUUAUUUGAGUUAUCAUUGCUACUAUAAACAUUUAUGUAUAAAGAUAUUAUGAGGUAAAACAUUUUGUGAAUAGACCAUUUGUCCACAUAUCUAUUUAUUUCACAUAUAACAUCAUGGACUUUUUGGAAUUACACUAAUUCACUGAUAUACCUAUACUAAAUUAUAGUUAAAAAUGAAAUAAAAUGCUUUUUUUAUGAAAAAAAGCUAAAAUAAUGUAAUAUCACAAUAUUAAUACGCUUUUAAAAUUAAUUUUCAGAUUGAAACCUUAUGCUCGACAUACAACCCAAAUGUCUUUAUAGUUAUGUACUCAGUAGUUGAUGAAAGAAGUUUUAAUAUCGCAGAACAGAUGCUUCUAUUCCUGUGGAAAGGAGAGUAUAUACACACAAGAGGAGUAAUAUUAGUUGGAAACAAAUCAGACUUGGAACGAACAAGAAAAAUCCAAACAAACGGCAAGAAAACAAAAAUAAUUAAAAUAAUUAUUAAUUUAUACUAUAAUAUAGUAUGUAACGAAUAUAUUUAUACCUGUGUUAAUAGUUGGACGAAAUUUGGCGUACAGUUGGAACUGUAAAUUUAUCGAGACCUCCAGUGGCAUCGAUCACAAUGUAGACAAGCUAUUAGUUGGCAUAUUGGCUCAAAUCAAGCUAAAUCCACUCAGAGAAAGGAUGUAUAACAGCAAAAGAAAAAAAUAUAGCGUCACCAAACUUUACAAGGAUUUUUUAGCAUAUUUAAGAGGUGUUAAGUCUAGUGAAAAUUUGUUCAGUAUUUAAUUAAUUUUGUUACAUACAAAACACAUAAUUUUAAUAAUUUCGUGGACCAAUUUCAUUCUCUGAAACCCAAUUUAUAUUUAUUUACACUAAAUCAUACUCUUCCCCAAUUUACCACAAAAAUUAACAUUUAAAAUUGUAUACUUUUAAAAAAUAAAAAAAAAAUACAUAUCUAAAUAUAGAUUAAUUCAAUGAUUGGAGUAUGCAAUACCUUUAUAUUAAAAAUCUCUCAUCAAUUAAGGUUUUCUUAGCUAAAUUCCUUUUGCCAAACUUUGUUCUGAUGACACUCAUCACCUACACAAAUACAUAAUUCAAUUUAAUAUUAAGAUUAAUGUAAC